UUCAGUUCCUUCUUCAGCAGUUCUUGUCAAUCUUUUGUGUAUUUUAUCUACACGGUACAAGCCAACAUGUUGCCAUCAAAUGUUGUGGGUUAAACCAUUUCCAAGGUCUGACAGAAGUGUGAAGGAAGAAGUGAGUUAGGAAGGAUUAUGGAGGAGGUCUGGGAUGUGGGCAGUCUUUGAAGAAAAGGAAUGUAUCAGACAGUGGGAUUACACAUCUCAUCGGCUGUCUCCAUGGCUCUCCUGUGCUUUGCUGUGUUGGUUUUUAAAUUUGCCACUGUUGUAGCUGACAUGGACUAUGGAGGUGUUCCUCUGUGGAUUAAUCGCCUGCUGGGUGAGCCCAGUGUGAUGAGCCUGCGGGGACGGAUGGACCCAGCCUGGUUCCGAGCCAACAACCCCCAGGCCUGCCCUCAACAGUGUGACUGCCCCAUCCAGUGGCCCACGGCGCUCUACUGUGACAACAAAGGCCUGGCAGACAUCCCUGACCGCCUGCCGGACAGAACUCAAUACCUGUUUCUACAGGGUAACAACAUCUCGACCCUGUCAUCUUCUUUUCUGGCCAACAUUACUGAUCUACGCUGGCUUAUCCUGGAUCACAACCAGCUGCAGAGCGACAAGCUGGACCAGGUUGCGCUGCAGAACCAGGCCCAGCUCUGCUACCUUUUUGCCAACCACAACCACCUGAGAUCAGUGCCCAGCGCUCUACCAGCUGGACUCAAGCAGCUGCGACUGGCACACAACCAAAUCAGCAGCAUCAGCCCUGGAGCUUUCCAGAACCUGCACAACCUGACACAGCUGCUGCUGCAGGGAAACAGACUACAAACCAUCACAGAGGGAGAGCUGAAAGGUCUGGUCAGUCUGAACCUGCUGGACCUCAGUGAGAAUUUGUUCUCAUCUGUUCCCAGGCAUUUACCCCCUUCAGUCCAGCAGCUCUAUAUGUCUAAAAACACUCUUUCAGGACUGGAUGAAGACAGUUUUGUGAGAUUUCUCCACCUUAAGUACCUUCGUCUAAGUCACUGUGGUCUGGAGAACAGCGGCAUCCACCUUCAGGUUUUCAACUUCUCCAGCUUGGUGGAACUGGACCUUUCUUAUAACAAACUUACCACCAUUCCCAUAGUCCCCACCACCCUGCAGCACCUCUACCUGGAGGCCAAUGAAAUACAAGAGUUCAACGUGACCAGUUUCUGCAGAGAGGUGGGACUCCUGUCCUACUCUAGGAUAAAGUUCCUACGAUUGGAUGGCAACAAAAUGUCCUACCACCAGUUGCCAUCUGACUGGGACUUCUGUCUGCGAGUGCUUGAAAGUAUUUAUAUCUGAUCCACCUUCUGAACAUGCAACAAAAUAGGGUUACCAUAUGUGACUGGCCAACCUCAUCUAGAAAAAGCUAAUUCAACUCAAGGUUUUUGUUUUGUAUGCAACUUGCAUUUGUGAAGUCAAAGAACUUAGCAUUAUAAACCAGAGUAAAAUACUUUAAUUCAUUCCCUUCAAUACAUACCCAGACAAUGAAGGGAAGACUGAUCUUCAAAAGAUGUCAAAGCUUGAACUUGUACACUAAACCAGUGUUAUUUUAUGCCAAAAGUCCUGAUCAAAACAUUUCUCAUACCACCAGUGCAUUUCCAUGGCUCUCUCUCUCUCUCUCUCUCUCUCUCUCUCUCUCUCUCUCUCUCUCCAUCUUUUCCAAGUUCUGCCUCAGCAGAGUUGUACAUCUGUGUGUUAUUACCAAAUAGGAACUGUGACAAACCCUUACAUCUCUGACUGUACAAAAUAAUGUGCUCUGGUUAAACUGAGCUGUGUUAUGGGGAAAAGGAAACAUGUAUGAAUGGCAAAAUGCAGUAGCUUUCCCAUGAGAGAUUCUGACUAAGUUAGCUGGACAGUAUUAAACAGCCCCACCAAUGGACACACAUGGAAUAUAAAUAUUUUAUGACAAAACUAUUGAAAAUCUUCAAAUUUUGAAUGUGAAUUUCCCGUUGCAGGACUAAUAAAGGCAUGUCUUCUUCUUCUAAAACCUCUUUUUGCAAUUUUGCAAUAUAGUUACAUUAAACUUUGAUUUGAAAUCUGAUGUCCAUGAUCCUAAAACGUGAAACUUGGUUUGCACAACUAACAGAAAAAAUAAAAUGGGCAUUUAGAUAA